AUGGCGCUAGAGCGGGCGCUGCAGGCGGCGCGGCAGGGCGACGUGGAGGCUCUGCGGGGGCUGCGGGCGGCAGGGCUGCUCCGGCCGGGGCUGCGGGACGCGCUCGGAGCCUCUCCCGCUCACCACGCCGCCCGCGCCGGCCGCCUCGCCUGUCUUCGGUACCUGGCGGCCGAGGCCGCUCUCCGCGGCGACGCGCGGGCGCGCAACGGGGCCACGCCGGCCCACGACGCCGCCGCCACCGGCAACCUCGCCUGUCUCCAGUGGCUGCUCACGCAGGGAGGCUGCGGCGUGCAGGACACAGACAACUCCGGUGCCACUAUCCUACAUCUCGCAGCCCGAUUCGGUCACCACGAGGUGAUCGAGUGGCUCCUCCGCUUCGGAGGCAGCGAUCCUACGGCAGCCACAGACACAGGAGCGCUGCCGGUCCAUUAUGCUGCGGCCAAAGGGGAUUUCCCUUCCCUGCGACUUCUCUUAGGACACUGCCCAAGCACGCUCAGUGCCCAGACCAAGACCGGUGCCACCCCUCUGUACCUCGCCUGCCAGGAGGGCCACCUCGAGAUCAUCCAAUACUUGGUGAAGGACUGCGGGGCCGACCCCCACGUACGCGCCAACGACGGCAUGACCCCACUGCAUGCUGCAGCCCAGAUGGGCCACAACACCGUCAUCGUCUGGCUGAUGAGCUUCACGACAGUGAGCCUGUCAGAGCGGGAUGAUGACGGAGCCACGGCCAUGCACUUUGCUGCCAGCCGCGGCCACGCCAAGGUGCUGAGCUGGCUGCUGCUGCACGGUGGUGAGAUCACGGCAGACGGAUGGGGCGGCACGCCGCUGCACGACGCUGCUGAGAAUGGCGAGCUGGAGUGCUGCCAGAUUCUGGUGGUGAACGGCGCUGACCUCAGCAUCCGCGACCAGGAUGGCUACACGGCGGCCGACCUCGCCGAUUACAAUGGCCACAUCCACUGCGCCAAGUACCUGCGCACCGUGGAGAACAUGAGCAUGGAGCACCGCGUGCUGUCACGAGACCCCUCAGCAGAUGGGGAGUGCCGUCAGCCUGACUCGGGCAUGUCGUCACCCAACACCACGGCAUCGGUGCCCCAGGCGAGGUUUGAGGUUGGCUCCCCUGCCAGCACCCUCUCCAACUACGACUCCUGCAACUCCAGCCAGUCCAGCACGGGGGAGAAAAGGGGCGGCCCCCACACGGCCCCUGCAGCCCGGGUCCCGGAGCCGGCACUCACAGACAUGCAGGCUUACAUGGACAUGCUGAACCCUGAGACACGGCCACGGGGCAGAGGACUGGCGAGCGAGGGUCCCCCACCGCCACCCCCCAGUUUCCCUCCACCACCACCCCCCCCUGCAACCCGGCCCCCUCCCCCACCCCCCGGUUACCCUGCGCCUGCACCGCCCGUUGCCCCCGACACCGCCGACAUCUACGUGCGGGCCAAGAACAACCUGCGGCACGUGGAAAGCCAGGCGCUGCGCAGAGAGCUGGUGUCGCGUGAGGGCAGCCCCGAGGGCCUGCGCAGGGCCGACUCCACGCGGCGGUCACGGAACUUCAGCAAGCAGCCGAGCACAGGUGACUACUACAAGCACCUGGGGCCCAGCGCGGCAGAGCUGCCCGGCCCGUGCAGGAUGGCGCACAGCGAGGUGAGCGCGGCCCCGGAGCUGCGUGCGUCGCGGCGCCCCAACCCUACGUCAUCCCUGCCCGCGCUCUUCCAGAGCUCUCUGUUGCCUGCGGACGCCAUGCACAAUGGGGGCCCGGUGGAGAGCAAGCCUGGCACCGAGCUGCCGCCUCCACCACCGCCUCCGCCGCUGCCCGACGCCGCCUGCCCGCCGCCCCCUCCGCCUCCGCCGCCCGCUGGCCCCCGCCGCUCGUCCUCCUCCACUGGAAGCACCAAGUCGUUCAACAUGAUGUCCCCCACCGGCGACAACUCGGAGCUCCUGGCUGAAAUCAAGGCCGGGAAGAGCCUGAAGCCAACGCCACAGAGCAAAGGCUUCACCACCGUAUUCUCUGGCAGCGGGCAGGCAGGGGCCAACGCUGACUCACCAGCAUCCUCCCCAUCGCCCACCAGGACUCCCACCCCACCAGCCACCCCUGAGGCCGGGGGGCCACCACGCUGCAUGGCGGGGGGCUCGCCAGAGCCAGUGCUUAAUGGGAGCUCACCAGUGCCAGGGCCGGGGGCCAUGGCCCCACCAGAUGUGGAAGCUCUGGUGCCAAGCCACGAUGAGCAGGGCCGGCCCAUCCCUGAGUGGAAGCGGCAGGUGAUGGUGCGCAAGCUGCAGCUCCGCAUGCAGGAGGAAGAGGAGCAGCGGCGUAAGCUGGAGCCUGGGAACGUCUCGCCCCCCCCGUGCUGGCGCUACUCCGCUGCCCACGGGGGCAUGCUGGGACCCUUUGGGCAGCUCAUGACGGAGGAGGACAUUCUCCGCAUUGAGAGGCAAAUUGAAAACCUACAGGUGAUGCAUAAGGUGCAGACAGUGGAGACAGAGCUGGAGCAGCUGGAGGAAGAGCUGCAGCAGCUCUUGCCGCUCUCGGCCGCUCUGGCCCCCGAGCGCUUUUCCCUCGAUCCCCGGCGCCUGCAGGGCCGUGCUGAGGACCUGCCCGCCUGGUGCAGCAAGACUUCCGCGCUGCUGAGGAGCAUGGCCAUGCUGCUGGCUGCCCUAGGAGGCCGCGAGAGCUCUGGGGCAGGGGGAGCAGCGAGCAGCACCGUGCCGCAGAGGCCCCCUCCUGCUGCUGCCAGCACCCAGCAGGAUGCCCGGCACGAGAUCCUGCGCUGCGGUGUCUCAGUGCGCAGCCUGAAGGCCAACUACGAAGGGCUGGUGGGAGCCCCUGUGCCCCACGCCAGGGUCACCAAGAGAAAGCGAUCGCUGCCCACCGGUGUGCUGAUGGAUGGCUGCACCCGUGAGCCCGUCCUGGAGGAGGACUAUGGGGAUGAGGAUGUGGAUGGCAUGCUGCGACGGAGCCGCCCGGUGCAGACAGAGCUGAGCUGCCUGCAGGAGCGCAUCGAUGCGCACAAGGAGCGUGCUGUGUCCCUCUUCCUGGAGCACUGGAAAAAAUGGGCGCUGGCAGAGGCACCGGGCUCACAUACCCACGGGGAAGAGCGGCUGCGGCGGCUCUGGAAGCAGCGGCAGGCAGUGGCAAGGCUGCUGGCGCGCUGGAGGAGUGUGGCCCACCGUGUGCCGGGGCGGCAGAUCCGGCGGCUGAGCCGUGCUGAAGUGCUCUACUGGCCCGAGCACUUCUUGCCCCACGUGCGAGGCUCGCCCAUGCCCUACGACAGCCUCUCACUGGACCUCUUCAUGCUGGGCUACUUCCAGCUGCUGGAGAUGAACCUCAGUCCCGAGGAGCGGCGCUUCCGGCACCUGCUGUGCUAUGAGAUGUUUGACCGCCUGAGCACCCACAGCUGGGAGUGCAUCCGGCGCUUCCACCGUGCCGCACUGGAGCGGGUUGAGGCUGGCCACCGCUGCUGGCUCGAUGGCUUUGAGGACCUCAAGCAGGAGUUCUUUGGGGACAGCCCCACCAACACAGUGGCAGCAGUGGGAUCGAGCCCUGUGCCUCCCUGUCCAGCAGCCACAGCCCGGAGCACGCAGGAGCCAGCCCAGCUGGUCUCAGAGCUGGGAGAGUUCAGCGAUGAGGACAUCUGCCGCUACAUCGACCGCAGCUUCUCCUUCUGGAAGGAGAAGGAAGCAGAGAUGUUUGAUAUCUGAGCCGAACAGGGUGCUGCGGCGGCAGGGCUGUGGUGAAGGCGUGGGGCUGCUGAGCACAGAGCUGGGCAUGCAGCUGGGUGCAGGCAGCAGCAGGACCAGUGCACUGCACGGCUCGGCUGCCCUGCUGCUCUCGUGGCGGCAGGGCUGCGGGUCGGCUCUGAGGACUGCCGGGUUUGGCCUUGUGCCGUGAAGUCCCAGGUGCCCAGACCUCUCGAGGGUCCCGUGGCCGGCUGUGUGUUGAGGUUGCUGUGUGCCACUUGCUGUGGCUGUGUGUUGUGCUUGGAGCGCUGCUCCCCUAUGGUGUGGUUUGCAGUGCCGGGGCAGCGUGGGCCCCUACGUGUCCGUGCAAUAAAGCUGUGUGUGCUGUGAA